UAAGUGCACCUUUCUCGAUGCAAGCAAAACUUUUAGUCGGUUAGAAACCUGCGACAGGUAUCAUGUCGCUUAGUUGAUAGUGAAAAGAAAAGUGAAUAGUUACCGGUGUAGUGCAAUACUUAGGAAUUAUGUUAGUGAAAUGUGGUUUUGUAAUUAUCAUAGUUUUGAUAACAAUAGGGCCAGUUAAUGUGAAUGGAACCAUGAUGUCAAUGCUAGACUUUCGGUAUUUAAGAUGUGUUAUGAAACGGGAGUGGAAAUGCCCUGAUAGUGAGAUCAACUUCUUUUUAUACACUCCGGAACGGCCAUACCAGCAGAGGGUUGAUGUAAGAAGGAUACAAUUGCUACCUAAGAUUGGCUGGAAGUUAACGAGGAAGAAUGUAUUUAUUAUUCAUGGCUUCAAUGGUACACACUCGAAGACUCCUAUGUCUUUUAUACGGAAUGCUUACCUGUGGCGUAAUGAUUACAAUGUCUUCAUGGUAGACUGGUCGGAACUGUCAAGAUUUCCCUGUUACUUAUCUGCUCUGGCAAACAUGAGGCUAGCAGCACAAUGUUCAGCGCAACUUUACUCGUACCUAACUCAAAGUGGUGUGCUUGCGAAAAUGAUCACUUGCGUCGGACAUUCACUGGGCGCUCACAUUUGUGGUAUGAUGUCUGGACAUCUCACCGAGAAACAGAACAAGAUUAUAGGAUUAGAUCCAGCUCGACCCCUAGUCUCUGAAUAUGGUUCAAGAGAGUUCCGCCUCAGUCGUGAUGACGCAAACGUGGUCCAGGUAGUUCACACAAAUGCUGGAUUUCUGGGAGAGAGUGGUCAAAUUGGCCAUGUAGAUUUCUGCGUAAAUGGUGGCAGGCUACAACCCGGAUGCAAGGGUCAUGCGAUGCGUGUAGCAAGGUGUAGUCAUUUCAUGAGUUCCUGUUACUUUGCGGCUAGUGUACGCAAGCGCGUACGUAUGAUGGGCGUGCCUUGUGACUCUUCCUGUCCGAAGCAGGGUACAUCGCUACUAGUGGCCGAUGCAAAACCUAUACGCCUCGGAGAUGAUAUACCACCCACAUCGAGAGGAAUGUAUUGCGUUCAAUUGGAUCAUGAUGAGAGUUGCCCUUUUGAUUAAGAACUCAUCAGUAUUUUAUAAUAUUACCAGUUUAAUUGAUAGACUCGACUAUUUAGCUUACAAAUAUUUUUAUUACACCAAUUCAAAAAAUGUCGUGUUAACAAAGUAAACUAUUUACACCCUUUUGCAAUGUGGGUAUUGUUGUUACACAUGUAUUUAAAUCACCAAAGAGUUCCAUCACGAACAUAGUAUGAAAACGUUAAUUAUGACUGGCUGACAGAAAUGCUCCAGACUAAAUAAAAAAAAACUUUCUGUAAAAUUCACGCAGAACGCAUUCUUUUAUUGUUUUUCAAAUUCGGAUUUCAGUCAAUAUUACUUUACUUACUGAGUUGCACUUUAUUUUCUAAGAGAUGUGAUAAAAGGAGUGUUCAUCUCGGGAGCGACAGUAUUUAAAACUUGAGAUUUGCCCUUUCACACCCAUUCACGUCAUUCAAGGAUUCAAAAUACUCUUUAAUACUUGGCAAAUAGUGUUGUAUAUGUUUUGGGUCUCUUAAAUUUAAAGCCCAGCUAAAAUAAAUGAGCUUUAAAAACCAUGACGAUUUUAGUACAAUGUUCGUUUCGUUAAUGAAUUAACAGUUCCAUAAAAUGUAGUACUAUUUUUGCUAUGCCAACUUAAAACAUUUGCUUACUGAAUAGAGUAUUUGUUUUGUGACUUAUUUCCAUCAAACAUUAAAAUUGUUAAUAAAUCAUUAGAACAUUUAAUGGAGAGCCGUGUUGUCUAAUGGAUUCGUGCGAAUUCGGCUUUCUGUACGUUGAAGAAAAACAUCGUAAAGAAACUAGGCAUUCGGGCUGAUCACACCUAUUACCUGACCACACCUGAUACCCUGAUAAAAAAUAUUAUGAAACAGAUACACAAAUCUAA